CACCAUGCAGGCCCCGCCCCGGCCCCGCCUCGCCGCGACGUCAGUUGUUAUGUCUCGGCUCCGGCUGCGGCCGCGGCUGAUCUACGGCUCCCGGGGCUACGGCCGUGGCCUCCUGAGGUGGCGGGGGUGUUGGGGACGGCGGCCGCGACCGGCACCGCCCAUCGGAGCGGGGCGGGCGCUGCGUGGUCGUGAGGCAGCUCAGUAGCCGCCUAGAGGAACGGCUUCGGGGCCUAUUUUUUUUUUUUUCCCUCCGAGACCGAUUCCCUCUGCAGAGACCGCGACGCCCCAUCCUGGGCCGGGCCACGGAGUCCGCCCGCCUGAGAGGCGCCGCCCGUCCGUCGGCUCGAGCGAACCUGGAGCCACCGCCGUGCCCGCCGCGCUUCUCGCGGAGCCUGGGCUGCUGGCAGGGCCUGGGGCCUGGACGUCGGGCGCGGCGCUGCGGCGGCCGCUCCUACCCGCGCCUGGCGCGCUGGGCCCGGGGCCUGGCCUGGCCGAGCGCCGCGCCCUCCUGACCCGCGGCCGCGGGAGUCCUGCCCCCAACAGCCCCUGGUCCCCGGCCUGCCGCCCGGAUCCCCGCCUCCUGGGCGGAUCUGAAUUAUUUUUUGGUUUCUUCCCCUCCCCCUUUAGAUCGCGGCACCGGAGGGCCGACCCCGCCACCUUGGUCAGGGUCCCCCACAGGGGGACGCGUCCCUAGUUUUGUUCUUCCCCGCGAGCUCUCCCCGCGCCCCUCUCCUUUCGGUGCUUAAUGGAUGGGGAUUUUGAGUUUUUCCCCUUUAUUUUUGUCGCUUCCUGACUGGGAGGCCGGGCGCAAGGCUCUGCGCCUCUGGGUCCCUCGUCGCCGCCUCACGCCCGCGCGGAUCCCGUCACCUGCCUCCGGGCGGAGCAUGGCCGGCCAGUGACGGCGCCGGGCGGCCCGCGCGUGGACACGGGUCCCUCGCCCAAGCUGCCCCCGAGCCGCAGCCCCCGCCCUUGACCCUUCUUUCGCGCGUAUUCCGAGCUCUCUCGAAAGAGAGGAUACUCCGGGGAAGAUGUGGCUGAAGCUUUUUUUCUUGCUCCUCUAUUUCCUGGUCCUGUUCGUCCUGGCCAGGUUUUUUGAGGCCAUUGUGUGGUAUGAAACUGGCAUAUUUGCCACCCAGCUGGUGGAUCCGGUGGCGCUGAGCUUCAAGAAGCUGAAGACCAUUUUGGAGUGCCGGGGGCUGGGCUACUCAGGGCUGCCGGAGAAGAAGGAUGUCCGGGAGCUAGUGGAAAAGUCAGGUGACUUGAUGGAGGGUGAGCUCUAUUCUGCUCUCAAGGAAGAAGAAGCAUCCGAAUCUGUUUCUAGUACCAAUUUCAGUGGUGAGAUGCACUUCUAUGAGCUUGUAGAAGACACAAAAGAUGGCAUCUGGCUGGUUCAGGUCAUAGCAAAUGACAGAAGUCCCUUGGUGGGCAAAAUUCACUGGGAGAAAAUGGUAAAAAAGGUAUCAAGAUUUGGAAUACGUACAGGCACAUUUAACUGUUCCAGUGAUCCCAGAUAUUGCAGGAGAAGAGGCUGGGUACGAUCCACACUCAUUAUGUCUGUUCCACAAACAAGUACUUCAAAAGGGAAAGUCAUGCUUAAAGAGUACAGCGGACGCAAGAUUGAAGUAGAGCACAUUUUUAAAUGGAUAACUGCUCAUGCAGCUUCUAGGAUCAAAACCAUUUAUAAUGCUGAACAUUUGAAAGAAGAAUGGAAUAAAAGUGAUCAAUAUUGGUUAAAAAUAUACCUAUUUGCAAAUCUUGACCAACCCCCAGCUUUCUUCUCUGCACUAAGUAUAAAGUUUACUGGAAGAGUUGAGUUUAUUUUUGUUAAUGUAGAAAAUUGGGACAACAAGAGUUACAUGACAGAUAUUGGCAUAUAUAAUAUGCCAUCAUACAUACUUAGAACUCCUGAAGGAAUUUACAGAUAUGGAAACCACACAGGUGAAUUUAUAUCACUUCAGGCCAUGGAUUCAUUUUUGCGCUCAUUACAACCUGAGGUAAAUGAUCUGUUUGUUUUAAGCUUGGUUCUAGUUAAUCUUAUGGCUUGGAUGGACUUGUUUAUUACACAAGGAGCUACCAUAAAGCGAUUUGUGGUUCUCAUAAGCACUUUAGGGACAUAUAAUUCUCUAUUAAUUAUUUCCUGGCUACCUGUGUUGGGCUUUUUACAGCUACCUUACUUAGAUAGCUUUUAUGAAUAUAGCUUAAAAUUGUUGAGAUACUCCAAUACAACCACACUGGCUUCAUGGGUAAGGGCAGACUGGAUGUUUUACUCUUCACACCCAGCCCUGUUUCUCGGUACAUACCUUGGACAUGGUUUACUAAUUGAUUACUUUGAGAAGAAGAGAAGGCGCAACAACAAUAAUGACGAAGUCAAUGCCAAUAACUUAGAAUGGCUAUCAAGUCUGUGGGACUGGUACACCAGCUACCUCUUCCACCCAAUUGCUUCUUUUCAGAACUUUCCUGUAGAAUCUGAUUGGGACGAAGACCCUGACUUAUUCUUGGAACGCUUAGCUUUCCCUGACCUUUGGCUUCACCCUCUAAUACCAACUGAUUAUAUUAAAAAUUUACCCAUGUGGCAAUUUAAAUGUCUUGGAAUCCAGUCUGAAGAGGAAAUGUCAGAGGGGUCUCAAGAUACCGAAAAUGACUCAGAAAAUGAGAACACAGACACUUUUAGCAGUGAGAAGGAAGUAUUCGAAGAUAAGCAAAGCAUAUUUCCCAAUUCUCCAGGAAGAGCAAGUCACUGUGAUGCUGAGGCUUGUUCAUGUGCCAAUAAAUAUUGUCAGACCAGCCCAUAUGAAAGGAAAGGGAGGUCAUAUGGAUCAUAUAACACUAGUGAUAUGGAACCUGAUUGGUUAAUUUGGCCUGCUGAUAUGCUACACUGUACUGAAUGUGUCAUUUGCCUAGAGAAUUUUGAAAAUGGAUGUUUGUUAAUGGGGUUGCCUUGUGGUCAUGUGUUUCAUCAGAAUUGCAUUGUGAUGUGGUUGGCUGGGGGCCGACAUUGUUGCCCUGUUUGCCGGUGGCCUUCUUAUAAAAAAAAGCAGCCAUAUGCACAACACCAGCCCUUGUCAAAUGAUGUCCCAUCUUAACCACGUGCAAUUUGUCCUUUAUAAGCUUUGAGUAUCUUACAGCUUGCCUUUUUAAUGUUAGUCACAAUGUUUUUGUGGUUUGAGGUUUAGUUUAAUGUUAGUGCAGUGACAGGAAAUACACAUUAUGCUAAUGUUGAUGACAGAAUUUAUUUGGUUGCCUUGUGUGUCAAUUGAAUGCAUACUUAAUUGUAAAAAUUUUUAUUUACAACUUUGGAAAUUCAGAAGUUAAUGUUUUUUGUAAGCACAAAAGAAGUAUGAUAGAAAUUUAUCCUAGCAAGACUUUACAAUACAGGAUCAAAUUCUAAUGGAAUUGAGACAGUUUCUUAUCCUAAAUGUUUUCUCCCUUUUUACAAUCUCUGUCCAGCACCUCUUGGUUAAAUAAUGUAUGCUGUGAGACAUGAAAUUAAAACAGACCUAUGAAAUAAAUUAUUUUAAAACCAG